GCUUGGCGACGGGGGCCGUCCCCUCUCGGCGACAUCCAAUCGCGUUCGGGCGUGGCCCGUGAGUGGCAGGAGCAGCAGCAGAGGCGCCCCCGAAGAAGGAAAGGGCAGGAGGAGAGAGGGAGCGCCGCGGAGGCCAGGUCAGGCCAGGCCGGUUGGGGCGCACCUCCUGUCCGGGCCUCUGAGGUCAGAGCAGAAGAAGUCCUGGAGGGAUGCCGCCCCCUUCGGACAUCGUCAAGGUGGCCGUCGAGUGGCCGGGGGCCAACGCCCAGCUGCUAGAGAUAGACCAGAAGCGGCCUUUGUCCUCCAUCGUCAAGGAAGUCUGUGACGGCUGGUCACUGCCUAACCCAGAGUACUACACCCUUCGCUACGCCGAUGGCCCUCAGCUGUACAUCACAGAGCAGACUCGGGGUGACAUCAAGAACGGGACCAUCCUUCAGCUGGCGGUGUCUCCGUCCAGGGCGGCCUGCCAGUUGCUGGACCGGACGCAGUCGCACAGCAUGGAGUCCCGGCUGGAGGCCAUGAAGGAGCUGGCCAAGCUCUCUGCGGACAUGACCUUUGCCACCGAGUUCAUCAACAUGGAGGGCAUCACGGUGCUGACCCGCCUGGUGGAGAGCGGCACCAAGCUCUUCUCCCACUACAGCGAGAUGCUGGCAUUCACCCUGACGGCCUUCCUGGAGCUCAUGGACCAUGGCAUCGUCUCCUGGGAUAUGGUCUCCAUCUCCUUCAUUAAGCAGAUUGCAGGGUACGUGAGCCAGCCGACGGUGGACGUCUCCAUCCUGCAGCGCUCCUUGGCCAUCCUGGAGAGCGUGGUGCUCAACAGCCAGAGCCUCUACCAGAGGAUCGCCGAGGAGAUCACUGUCGGGCAGCUCAUCGCCCACCUGCAGGUCUCCAACCAGGAGAUCCAGACGUACGCCAUUGCCUUGAUCAAUGCCCUCUUCCUGAAGGCCCCAGAGGACAAGAGGCAGGACAAGCUGCUCCACCCGCUCGACCUGCCCUGCACCGAGAUGGCCAACGCCUUCGCCCAGAAGCACUUGCGCUCCAUCAUCUUGACGCACGUGAUCCGAGGGAACCGGCCCAUCAAGACAGAGAUGGCCCACCAGCUCUACGUGCUCCAAGUCCUGACCUUCAACCUCCUGGAAGAGCGGAUGAUGACGAAGAUGGACCCCAGUGACCAGGCCCAGAGGGACAUCAUCUUUGAGCUGCGGAGGAUCGCCUUUGACGCCGAGUCCGAGAGCAACAGCGCCAUCCCUGGAGGCGGAGCGGAGAAGCGGAAGGCCCUCUACACCAAGGACUACAAGAUGCUGGGCUUCAUGAACCACGUCAACCCAGCGCUGGACUUCACCCAGACCCCGCCGGGGAUGCUGGCCCUGGACAACAUGCUCUACCUGGCCAAGUAUCACCAGGACACCUACAUCCGGAUUGUUCUGGAGAACAGCAGCCGAGAGGACAAGCACGAGUGUCCCUUUGGGCGCAGCGCCAUCGAGCUCACCAGGAUGUUGUGCGAGAUCCUGCAGGUCGGGGAGCUCCCCAACGAGGGCCGGAACGACUACCACCCCAUGUUCUUCACCCACGACCGGGCCUUUGAGGAGCUCUUUGCCAUCUGCAUCCAGCUGGUCAACAAGACCUGGAAGGAGAUGCGGGCCACCGCCGAGGACUUCAACAAGGUGAUGCAGGUGGUGCGUGAGCAGGUGACGCGGGCCCUGCCCUCCAAGCCCAGCUCCCUGGACCAGUUCAAGAGCAAGCUGCGCAGCCUGAGCUACUCGGAGAUCCUGCGCCUGCGCCAGUCGGAGCGGAUGAGCCAGGACGACUUCCAGUCCCCGCCCAUCGUGGAGCUGCGGCAGAAGAUCCAGCCGGAGAUCCUGGAGCUCAUCAAGCAGCAGCGCCUGAACCGCCUCUGCGAAGGGAGCAGCUUCCGCAAGAUCGGCAACCGCAGGAGGCAAGAGCGCUUCUGGUACUGCCGGCUGGCCCUCAACCACAAGGUGCUUCACUACGGGGACCUGGAGGAUCACGCCCAAGGAGAGGUCAACUUUGAGUCUCUGCAGGAGAAGAUCCCUGUUUCAGACAUCAAGGCCAUCCUGACGGGGAAGGACUGUCCCCACAUGAAGGAGAAGGGGGCCCUCAAGCAGAACAAGGAGGCGCUGGAGUUGGCCUUCUCCAUCCUCUACGACCCGGACGAGACCCUGAACUUCAUUGCCCCCAACAAAUACGAGUACUGCAUCUGGGUGGACGGCCUGAACGCGCUGGUGGGGAAGGACAUGGGCAGCGAGCUGACCAAGAGCGACCUGGACACGCUGCUGAGCAUGGAGAUGAAGCUCCGUCUGCUGGACCUGGAGAACAUCCAGAUCCCCGAGGCCCCGCCGCCCGUCCCCAAGGAGCCCAGCAGCUACGACUUUGUCUACCACUACGGAUGAGGCCGGGCGCAGUCGCACGGUUUGGGGGGCCUGCCCUCACUUGCAGCCGGAUUGACCUCUGGCAAGGGACUCCUUCUCUCCCCCCGCCCACCCCCCAAUCGUUUCCCCAGCUUCCUGUUGAGCUGUGCUUGGCCUGCCCUGCCGUGGGGCCGUGGGUGCAAGUGGGGCUGGCAUCGAAGAGCCCUGGCUCGCUUCCCUGGGGACUCGCAUUUUCAGGCUGCCCCAUUGCGGCUGCUGCUGCUGCGGCCAUUCCAGCCCUGUGCGGCCGGUCAGCAAAGGGGUGCAGUGACCGGGCUGGACCUGGAGCACCGCACCCCCCAUUCUCUUUGCAUUAAAGCAUCUUCUUCUUUCUUUCCUCAA